AUGGUGAUAGCAAAGAUAAAGAGCGCUAAGGGGGCACAAAUGAGUAAAACAAUAAAAAAUAUGGAGUACAACUGGAUGAGAGGAGCAAUAAAUCCAGAUCCCCCUAACAAUCAAGACGCGGGAGUUCCCAAGGCAGUCUUUAUACCUCACUCCAACUCCCUGCCAUUUGAGGAACGACAUGUCACAUUGGAGCAUCCGGUGAAGAUCGGUAGGAAUGUGUACCGUGCUACACCAUCGCCAACGAACACCAUAUUCGAAUGCAGAGUCCUCUCAAGACACCAUGCGACUCUGUACUACGAUAAGGGACAUUUUUAUCUAUUGGACAAUGAGAGCAGCAACGGGACGUUCGUUAACAACAACCGUUGCACGCUCACCAACACGGAGCCGCACGAGGUGUUCUCCGGGGACGUGGUGCAGUUUGGGAUACCCGUAGUUGAGAAUACUGCUAACUCGGAGAAGAACCCGUUCCCACCAGUGAUAGCUCUGUUGAAGCUGUACCACCCUGACGGUAGUGAGGCCCAGCUGUCCUUCAACCCCUCAAUGACUACACCGCUACAUCUCAAGGAACUAUACCAAUUGAACAACUUUGUUCAGGAGGCGAUACAACGCGAGGCUUCGUUAGAAACACGUCUACGGACGUUAAGGGAGUGCGUUGAAAGGACGAGGUCUGAAGCUGCGGCUUCAUGGGAACUAUUCGUGGGGGAACAGCGGCUUCUGAUGAGGGUUCAUACUCUGGAAGCCAUGUUAGCUGCAGGGAAACAUCCCGACGAAGUACAGGUCGCACAGCUGCUGAGCGAUAAGAGGAACUAUCAGGAAGUGGCGCAAGAGAGUCUUCGUAUGGCGCACGAACAACGUCUGUCUCUUGAGGAAUCUUUGGAGCGUCGCAGUAGGGAAGCAGCGGCAUUGCAUCAUCAGAACUACGCCUUACAUUUAGCCGCUACAAACGCUAUGCAAGAAUUGCAAAAAUUGGCUGCUCGCUGUGAGCGUAAGAUGUGCGCGGCGAGGCUCGCAGUGACUGCGGCAGAGGAAAGGGAACAGGCGCUUAGAAAACAUCUACCACUAGCGUAUUCGGUACAAAACGGCGAGGCGAAAAUGUUAGUAGUGAGUACAGACAGCAACAAACUGCAAGAAGCUAAACGAAACGGCUCCUUGGAGGACGCGGUCCGCGCCCUGCCCGACUACAUCAAGUUAUUGCUGCCACAAAAUCUGCUUAAUAAGGUUGGCAUCAAAGCUGUGUCUGCAGAAGGGAAGUCAGCCAAGGAGUUUGAAUUAAUAUUGAAGAAGAACAACUUGCAUAAUUCUGAAGGCAGAGAAAAACAAGAAAAGGAAGAAGGCGGUGUCGGCGGCAGCGGAGAGAAGUCUCCCGAGGCUGAUCUGUGUACAGACGAUGAGAAACAUUCGAGACUCAACCAUGAUGGUGGUAAUGAAGAAUCCUUGAGUCCAUUGGAUGGUGAACUACGUCCUGAUAAUAAUGCUAAUUCAACUUACAACGACGCUGAUAUCAAAGAAGACUCACCGAGUAAAGCCGGCGUCGAGUACGCUAACAUUUUACGUGUGAUGGCCGGUCUGAACGAGGAGAUCAAAGUGUUGAGGGAGAGGGUGAGCGUCGCCGCGGCGGAGAACGAGUCUCUACGGACUGUGAGGGACGAACUACUGGCGGCUAGGGACGAGCCGCGGGCUGAAGAUAGCGAACACGACGCGGCCGCUUAUAAGGCUAGGAUCACUGAGUUACAGGAGCAACUGACACGGUCUACAGCCACUGAGGAGGCGAAUCUCGCCAAGAUCCAGCGACUGACGACAAACGCGGCCGAGAUGCAGGCCGAGCUCGCGUUCAGACCUACCAGGGACGACAUCGACGACCUCACUACUAUGGUGGGGAAAUUAAGGGCCGAGGUCAUAGAGAGAGAUGACGUCAUACAGAGAUUACAGGCGCAGCUCACUGAGAGAGCUGAAACUAUGGACCGAGCUGUAGAGACGAGCAAGUCGCUGGAAAACAUCAAAGAAGCGGUGGACGACAUUGAUACGAAACAGAUAUCGGCUGACAUAGACGAGAUGUUCAGACUGGACUACGACGACGAUAGUGACUCCGCGACCACCGAGAUACACAGGGACGAGGAAAUGAGCGAAUACGUGAAGAUGGACGACGACGAACGGCUCAAACUCACUAUGAGGAACGGAUCCUUACACGCGCUGGAGGAGGAGCUGGUGCGGGCCAAGGAACGCUGGGCGGAAGUGUGCGCAGAAAGAGCCAGGCUUGCAUCACAGCUCGCCUCCGCGCAGAAACCACUCAGAUUCGACUUAUUUCACGCGCUGGCCUUAGCCCUACCAUUAAUGCUGGCCUGCCUGUACUACAUGCUGCUGCCCUAUCUAUCUUGA